AGUCAAGUCUCACAGAGUCGCAUCAUUCUCUCCAAUGGCACCACACCGCAGGCAAAGCAGCCCAGACAAAAGCCGAAAAAGAUGCCAUUUCGCGAGGCCAACAUCAAAGCUGCUAUCCAAGCUGUUAGAGAGAAGAGGGCUAAAAACCUCUCAGCUGCAGCUGGCCAGUUCAAACGUGCCAUACCAUACCCUUCGUCGACGUGCACAGAACCUUACGAAACCUCAUUUAAAGGCCCACAAAUUCCAAAGCGAGAUCGGCGAGCAGAACAGGAGCGUUCUCAAGCUGCAUUCACCGGCACAAUCAAGACCAAGAAGCUGGAGGAGCUACGCGACUUAGCCGCAGCCUUGCGGUUACCUGAGACUGGACUUAAGGCUGAGGUGUUCCAGCGGAUUCUCCAGCACUUUGACGGCAACACUGACCUCAAGACAAUCCACGGUAUGAGGGUUUAUUCAACCCUACCCGUUCUCGCAGGCGGCCGUCUCGAUAACGGUGAUAACACUGCGGAAUUACCGCAGGACGCGAUUCCCCCAUCAAAUCCAGUUCGCGAGCCGUUCGGAUACCAACCUCAGCCUGCACCUCAACCCUCGAUGUCGAGAAACGAAUUUCCCCCACCUGGGUAUGCACCCCUACAUUAUCCAAUGCAGCAUCCUGCACCUCAGCCUCAACAUAUUUCGCACCCUCACUUUGCACCGGCGAGUCGCAGUAGCGCAGAUUUCCGAUUCCUGUACCCACAAGAUACUAUGACCCCAGCGUUAGCAAUGUUGGAGAAAGGAGUCAAUGCGAUUAGGGAGAAGUUGGUUUGGUUAUGCAAAGAGAUCGAUGACAAUGUCGACGUUGAUGCUCUGCGUGACCCCACCAUCGUUUUUCGCAUCAGGAAGGAAGACAUUGUCGCACAGAUCGCGGGAGCUAUGCACGAGAUCGCGUACCGCCGCUACUCAGCAUGGUACAAUAAGGCUUUGAAAGUUGCCAAGGAUGACCAGUCGAUGUAG